AAUAAAGGUAAAUGCAAAAACAAAGGAAUAGCUGGAGGUUAGGCAGGCACGUAGUAACACACAUGGCAGCUACCCGGUGACGAUCAUCCAAGAGAGAGAGAGAGGGUGCGUGCUGACAGGCUGGUAAUCCGUUGCCGUCGUCGCCUCCGCCACGUUCCGUUCCGCCUCUCCUCUCCUCUCCACCCACCCCAACAGCUGCCCCACCAGUGUCACCACACCACCCAGAGCCCCACAGACACCUACUACUUACCUUGCGCGCCAAGGGCCAACUCGCCACCGAGCUCACUAGCUUGAUCCGUUCCCUUCGCCGCGACGUUGCUACCAGGCAGCAGCAGCUGCUGCCGGCGCCGGCCGCGCGCGUGCACCGCCGCACGGCAGCUCGCUCGCUAGCUGAUUAUUUACGACAUCCAUCACCCCCACCAAUGGCGCCGCGGCUGCUGGCGUGCUUCGGGCGCAGGGGCGGCGGCGCGACGGCGUCGGCGCCGGACGACGAGGGCCAGCAGCAGGAGGCGGCGGCGGCCCCGGGCCCGGUGCUGGUGGAGCUGUUCGCGUCGCAGGGGUGCGGGGCGUCGCCCGAGGCGGACGCCGUGGCGGCGCGGCUGGCGCAGGACUCCGGGGACGGGGACGGCGCCGCCGUGGCCGUGGUGGUGCUGGCGUUCCACGUCGACUACUGGGACUACCGCGGGUGGAAGGACCCCUUCGCGUCCAGCGCCUGGACCGUGCGCCAGAAGGCCUACGUGGAGGCGCUCCGCCUCGACACGCUCUUCACGCCGCAGGUCGUCCUCCAGGGCCGCGCGCACUGCGUCGGCACCGAGCACGACGCGCUCGCGCAGGCCGUCCGCGACGCGCCGCGAUACCCCGCGCCCGCCAUCAAGGUCACGUUCCAGCGGCCGAACCCGACGACGCUGCAGGCGUCGUUCACGGGCACGCUGCGCAGCCGCGUGGAGGGCCCCGGCGGCGCGAGCGUGCUGGUGGCGCUGUACGAGAGCGGGCUGGUGACGGACUGCGGGCGCGGCGAGAACAAGGGCAAGUCUCUGCUGAACGACCACGUGGUGCGGCGCCUCGAGAAGGUGGCCGCCGUGCGGGAGGGCGCCUCGGCGAAGAAGACCGUGUCCGGCACCGUCCAGUUCCCGCUCUGGGACGGCUUCCGCGCCACCAAGUGCGGCCUCGUGCUCUUCGUCCAGAACGCCGCGCUGCAGGUGCUCGGCGUCCAGCACUUCGACCUGCCUGACAACGUCUGAGCUGGUCACGGCGGUGGCCGGUGGGGUGCGUGCGCGGCGGGCAGGCGUGAGGCGUGUCAUUCUUUGUAUGUAGCGUUCGAUUGGCGUGUGUGCUGUAUCUGUAUGUAGUACAUUACUGGAUGGUAUUUGGAAGGAAACCUGAGUAUUCUUUUUUUUCCCACGUAUUUGUUAUGUACUAUUAUGGUAAUGGAUUUUCUGUUUUGUACUA